GCAUCUAAUGUUGUUGAUUUCACAUUCUGAAUGUUGGUAUUUUUUUCAAUAAACUUGGUCAAAGUUUACGAGGUUUGACUUCAGCUAAAAUCUUAUAUGCGAACUAAAAAGGACCGGAGAAAGUAUUCUAAGUACCUCGUCACAAUAUGCAUAAGACAGACUUCAUCAUUACUUAAACUUCUUGCAGCUUCAGUGAUCGAUAGUUUCGGUAUGCUGAUCCAAGCUGAGGGGGUGCCAAGAAAACUAGCUGACCCUUUUGAUUUUGGGGGUGGCCACAUGGACCCAAACAGGGCCAUCGAUCCUGGCUUGGUUUAUGAUGUGGAUGCAAAGGAGUACAACAAAUUCUUCAAUUGCACCCUUGGAUUGUUAGACGGCUGCGAGUCCUACCAACUCAAUCUUAACCUUCCAUCAAUCGUCGUGCCAACCCUAAAGGACAAUGCCACAGUUUCGCGCACUGUCACCAAUGUCGGGCCGGUGGAAGCGACUUACCGAGUAGUUGUUGAGGCUCCCGCAGGGGUAGCCGUGUUGAUGGAGCCAUCUAUUAUUAGUUUCACCCGAGGUGGUAGUACACGCGCAACAUUUAGGGUGACACUCACGGCGAAGCAGAGAGUUCAGGGCGGGUAUAGUUUUGGGAGCAUCACAUGGUCCGAUGGAAGUGCCCACUCAGUGAGAAUUCCAAUUGCAGUACGGACUGUGAUACAAGACUUCGUCUCAGAUACAUCAUAA